AUGCCUCCUAGAAUACCCAAUCUACCUAGACAUCCCUUCACAGGUCUACGCAGCCCCAUAUCAAAGCGAUUCGAAACAACAGUCGAAGGACAACAAAAUUCGCGAUGGCUGGGCACGAUUAAAGAUAGGAUUGGGAAAUGUAUUAUGUUUGGAAUGAGUCGAGAACAAGCACAGGAUAUGGCGAAGGUACUACAGGUACUGGGGCGAGAUUGGAGGGAACUUAUUGCAGGGAGAUAUGGUUAUUUGGUGGAUAAAAAGAGAGCGGGUUUGAGUAGACAUCAGGUUGUUUGGGGGGAAAUGGAUUGUAUGAAACAUGUUAAUAACGUCAUGUACAUACGAUAUGCCGAAAGUGCAAGAAUAAAUUGGGCUCGGAAUUAUGCUACUUAUAUCGAUCCCCAAAAUAAGGACAAAUGGAGUCAAAUGUGUACACCAAACGGCUAUGGGAUGAUACUACGAAGCAUAAAAACGAGUUACCUUUUCCCUAUGACAUGGCCUGAUCACAUUUCCGUAUAUCAUAAGCUUAACCAUCCACCCAGUAAUAGCGGCAGCAGCUCUUUUACAUUAGAUGUGCUAAUCGUGUCGGAAUUGCACCAACGGGUAGCUGCAAGGUGUAGGGAGAAUAUUGUGACAUAUGAUUAUAAAGAAAAGAGGAAGGAGAUAUUGCAGCCAUGGCUUUUGGAUGCUUUUGCAAAGACUUGGGAAGAGCAAAACGUGGCAAUGGCAAAUGCACUGAAGAAAAUCGAGGACAUCGAGAAGAAGGUCAGGAGGUUGGAGAUUGAUACUUGGGAUAGGACGGAUGCAGUAGAGGAUAUGGGAACGGCUACUGAGACUUUAUAG